AAUCUCCGAGAAUUACUCGGUGACUUAACUUCACACGGAUCUCAGGGAAUUAGAUAUAGAAACCAAAACAAGAUAAUCUUCCACUAGAAGAAAAACAGAAAUGGUCUACUGACGAGAGAAAAGUUCCAAUUCUAAGUAAGUGAAUUGCAUCGGCCUGUCGUAUGGGAUUACGGUGAACAGAAAGUUUAUUAACACUAAUUAAAAAGUUGGAUUAAUUGGUCAUUAGUAAAUCUAGAAUAUAAUCGCUUGGAAUUGCCUUUUAUGGUUUUAUUGACUUGAGAAUGGCCGAGGGAGAAAACGCUACUUUAUUAACAUACGUACGGGAAAAAGAGGCGGCCAAGGAAGAAGUGAAAAAAAUAGAAAAGGAACUGGCAGUCACCAAAUCUAAGCUGUAUGACGCCAUCCAGAAGAUAGACGACCUCAAGGAAAAGAUCAAGACGUUAGAGGCCAGCAAACCUUCAUCAAAAUCACAAUCAACAGCAAAGUCAGGAAAUGGUAAAGCGAACCCUGGGAAAAAGGCCGCGCCUCAGGCUCAGGGCAAAAAAACAGGGGGACAGACGGACAAAGUCUCACUGGCCCCACCCUCGGACACGCCCACCUCCAGCAGACCAGGGUCGGCUAAGAACCGUCACCCUCCCAUAGCUGGCAAAGAAUCCCUCUCACAGGACUCAUUUCAAUACUACAGGGAAAUAGGAAAACUCUUUCCAGAUAUCAAGUUGUCGGUUGUAAUGGACGCAGAGAGUAAAUUCAACCAGGCAGACAUAAAUGGAGAUGGGCAAAUCGACAAGGAUGAGUUGGACCGGGUUCUGUCGCAGCACGUGACCUUGUUUACUCCGGCUAUGAUUCAGGAACUGAUCAAAGAGAUCGACCAAGAUGACAACGACACGCUGGAAUUCAUGGAAAUUCUUACGAUAUUGGACAAAAUGGGAAAACGGCGACAAAAGUUGUCCAACAUACCCACAGCAAUCCAGGAUAACAGUACCAAAGUCUGUACUAUACAAUAGUCCAUUAUAGGACUAUAGAGACUGACCAAGCACCGAGUCAUCAUCGCCAGACACAGGUUGUGGUGAGAGAAAGGACUCCUAGCCCUUGGCCUGUGAUGACGAUAGGAGAUUAUUAGUUAUAGCUGUAGACUACAAUGGGGGGAAAAGCACUUUUAGAUUUAGCAGGGAUAAUCCAACUGCUUGUAUUACUGCCUUCAUAGAUACAGAAUAAUUUACUGAUUUCUGUCUCAACAUUUAGCCAUUUAAAUUAAAUACUAAUCCAUGUUGUCGUAUCGAGCAGCAGGCUCAUUUUACAUUUUAAUGACCAAGAACCUGCCUAGUUUAGAAUGACAUGUAUUAAACAUUCCACUCAUU